AAGCAACUUGCACUACCAUAUAAGUAGUGUUACCUAGAAGCAGAGUUUCUCAAUUUUGAUCGCGUUAUUUGUAUCCUCAUUCUGGUCUUUUACACUCAUAAGCACCCACGACAGCGAAAUGGAUCUAGUAUACGCAGCCCUGAUGAGUAGGUGCACUGAAGGCACCUUCUUGUACACACCUCCGAAAGACAAAAUGUUCCAUCCAGGUUCUUGCGGCUUCUUCAACGAAGGUGGACAGUGGGAAUCAAUUACCGAUCUCACUGAUCUCAAUGAAUUUAACCUCAAUGGGUACUUCCCUCCUACCAAACAGCUCAAUCUGAUGGAGCCGACCGUGUGCACAUGGAAGAAGAAGGUUGUAGAGAAAAACGAGGGUCAUGGCUUUGGCGUCACAUCAGAGGUUUCCGGACUUGCUGCUCAAGCACCUGUGGAUGUAGGAGCCAAUGCCGCGGUAGGAAGCACUGCAAAAGCCGGUGCAGGCGUGGUCGUAUCACCAAAUGUGGUGUACAAAACGUUUGAUACCGGAGCCCCCAAAAUAAUUGGAGACUGGAUGAAAGACAACAUGGAGAACUUGUCUACUCAGCAUAAACAACAGAUUGCUGAGUUUGGCGUCUGGGUUAUCACGGCCACAUGGGUUGCAGAGAAGUGUGAUAUUGCUAUGUGGAACAAGACCGGCAACAAAAUCGAUGCCGGAUUCAACGUUGGAGCGACAAACAUUGGGAAAAUUGGGCUCAAGGGUUCACGCGAGAUCCAGUUCGAUAAUGAUGAACACAUAGUAUAUGAUGAGCCGGGUGGAUACGCCAUCUCCUUCCGCGGCGUACAAUUUAGACCAAGCUCGAAGUUUUGGAGCAAUAAAUUGAAGCAAAAAGGCCCGAAGGAUGGCUACCUUCGAACUGCGCCGAUGCAAUAUCUUGAUCAGGAUGGAAACCGCAUCGAUGAGGAUGGAAACCUUAUUAACGAGGAUGGAAAUCGCAUUGACAAGGAUGGAAACCUCAUCGAAGAGCCCGAAAUAUUUAUGGAGUUAGUUGGGUUUGAUGAGGCGAGUCAAAAAACCGAGUAG